AUGUCUGCAAUUAUUGUAAAUAGCGCAAUCAUCGAGCAAGUCAAGAGCGUCGUCGCAUCCUCGAACAUCAUCCGGAAAAAGGAAGAACUGCUAGCAGGAGCUUGUAUUCAUAAUGAUAUUUGGAUGAAGUGCAAACCAGUUUGUCCCAAAAUCUGUUCGGAUUAUUUGUACAAAAACCGAUGCAGUCCCAAGAAGUGUGAAGCAGGCUGCGCCUGUCCCGACGGCUGGUUGAGGAAGGGCAGCGAUAUGGGCUACUGUAUUCCAAAGCACAAAUGUGAGCGCUGGAUAAUAAACUGAAUAUUUAGUUGCUUU